AUGUUAAUUCGCUAUCUUCGGCAAUCUUCUUCGCUGCUAUUUUGUCAAAAUGAAUUUUCAGCGUCCAUUCGUGGAAAACUUUUUCAGUAUAACCGAUUUUAUUCAUCAUUAAACGAUUCAGAUAAUAAAAAUAAUGACGAAAAUGGUUCGAUAAAUCUAUCAAAACAAGGAAAUGUAAAAGAAGGAGAAACAGAAAAUGAAUCGACAGAUGCCAGUGCUGCCGAUGAUAAUUUAUCCGAUUCUUUAGAUAAAGGAGAAUUAUUAUUUAGAAAAAAAGGAGAAAAAGGAAGGAAAAAGAAAAGUUUGAAAACCGUGGAUAUUAUUGGAGAAGAAAUGUUAAAUGCUGUCAGCGAUAUAUCGAAGACUUUGCAUAAAGAUGAUGUAACAUCUAGAAAAAAGACGACUUAUGAUCUAAUUGCGAAGUUAACUGAAUAUGAACGUGAAAAAUAUGAAUCGGCAACAGCAGGACAAAUCGAAGAAAUGUUAGCUGCUCCUAAUAUUCAAAAAUUAUUUGAUAGUCAACAAGCAAGCGAAGAGAAAACUAUCCCGAAAUUCUUAGAUUCUCGACGACUUAAACGAGGCUUAUUUGCAUUGAGGAGGGAAAUGUUCUAUCAAGCUAAGCAGAAUGGAUAUAAUGCGAAAGCGGCUCAAGAUAUAGCUGAAAGAGCCGUUGAAAAAGCUAGGGAACGAGUUUUAUCUCGACUGGAAAAGGCUACUGAGCAAAAACUUCUAGAAAAAGAGAGAACCGAACUUAAGGAAAGUGAAAUCAAUGAAAAGGAACAUAAAUUCUUCGAUCUUGCCUUUCAAGUGGCUGACAAAAUCCUAUAUCCGCAAAUGAGAUCAGAACUUGAAAAGGAAAAAAGCAAGGAAGAGCAACCGAUCAUAGAACCAGAUUUAAAUAUGCCGAAUAUUUUCGCAGCCGACCAGCCUUCCCUGAAUGUGUUUACUGAUAUUUCUGCUUUGAAAGAGCAUAGCUUACAUUACUGGUCUGAAUGGGACCUUAAUGCAGCGAGAAUAUGGAACCAGUCAUUAGGACCUCGAAAUGGAUUCGAAGAGAUGAUUGAAUUAACGGAAAAAGGAAAAAUGUGGCCAUACCCUAUUGAUAAUGAAUAUCUUCUGGGCGAUGAAGAAAAUGUUACUUUUCACGAACAUAUUUUCCUCGAAAAAGUCAUUGCUCCUUAUAAUUUGCCUAAACAAGGACCAAUUGCUCAUUUUAUGGAGCUUGUUUGUGUUGGAUUAUCGAAAAACCCUUAUUUAACUGCGAAAAAGAAACGAGAACAUCUUGAUUGGUACCUUCUAAUCAGCCUAUUCAUACUUAGUCAUACUUUUAUAUUAAAUAACAUUUAUAUAAUUAUAUCAAUUAUAUUAUUAUAA